AUGCCCAGUCGAGUUGCCGCCCGUUCGACGUCCCGCAAAGCCUCCAGUCAGCCAUCGGCGUCUGGUCGCGCUGGAUCUGCGACGCCGUCUAUCGCCAUCCCUGAAGAACCUUCGUUGCCCGAGGCCGUUCCUAGCUUGCGCCGCGACAUCUGCUCCAUCUUCGGCGACGCCCAGCGCUCGACGACCGGCCAUCGAAAACUCGCCGUGCGACUGCGAAAACUGCAAGAAUCCUGCUGCGGCAUCUCAAAAGCCUCGAAGAAAGAUGGCGGGAAAAGUUUCCCUGAGGAUGUCUUGAUGGGAGAGGAGACUAUUCCCGAAAAGGAGUUCAAUAUCGAAAUCGGCCGCUGCAUGCUGCGCAUUCUGCCGAUCAAGAAAUCAGAGCCCGUUGGCGACCGCAUUCUUCGCUUCCUUGGAAACUUCUUGACCCAUGCGUCUGAGAAAGACGCAGAGAUUUUCUCCGCCGAAGAUGAUGAGCACGUUCCUGAGACACCGACCGCCCGACUUACUACCAGCAUAGUGGCCCUCGUGGUGCCGCUGCUGUCGGCGAAGGAUCGCACCGUGCGAUUCCGAGCGACGCAGAUCAUUGCGCAUAUUGUCAACUCCCUCGAUACCGUCGAUGAUGAUCUGUACCAUGCUAUCCGGCAAGGUCUGUUGAAGCGGAUCAGAGAUAAGGAAUCUUCUGUCCGAGUCCAGGCGGUAAUGGGUCUGGGUCGGUUGGCGGGAAAUGAAGAAGAGGACGACGAUGGUGAUAGUACGGCGCUUGUUGAAAAGCUCGUCGAGAUAAUGCAGAAUGACACCAGUGCUGACGUGCGGAAAACUCUACUUCUCAACCUCCCCCUCCUCCCGACAACCCUCCCCUAUCUUCUGGAACGUGCCCGCGAUCUUGAUGCCCCGACGCGACGGGCGCUAUAUUCCCGCCUUCUCCCCACCCUGGGAGAUUUCCGUCAUUUGUCACUGUCUAUGAGAGAGAAGAUGCUCCGAUGGGGUCUGCGUGACCGUGACGAGAGUGUUAGGAAAGCUACGGGUAAAUUGUUCUUCGAUCGCUGGGUGGAGGACGUGGCGGGAUCAAAUCAGGAAUCUGACGGUGGUCCCACCCAACGCUCACCGCCGAACAUCCCGGCCCUUCUGGAAUUACUGGAGAGAAUCGACGUGGUCAACUCUGGCGUGGAAUCCGGGAUUGCGCAUGAGGCCAUGCGUAGCUUCUGGGAAGGCCGGCCCGACUACCGCGAGGCGGUUGUUUUCGAUGAAGAGUUCUGGGAAUCCCUGACCGGCGAAUCGGUCUUCCUCCUUCGCUCCUUCAACGAUUUCUGUCGUGUGGAGAACGAAGGCAAGUAUGACAGCCUGGCAGAUGAGAAGAUUCCUGAAGUCACCGCUCUGGCCUACUACUUACACAAAUACCUGACGGCCCUUCUACAAAAGAAGAGAGAAUCCAAGGACACGGGGGAUGCCAAUGAUGACGACUGCAUCGAGCUCGAGUUCGUGGUCGAACAGCUCCUUCACGUGGCCAUGACCCUGGAUUACAGUGACGAGGUGGGACGACGCAAGAUGUAUACUCUUCUCCGAGAGUCGUUGGCGGUUCCGGAGCUGCCCCAAGAAAGCACCAAACUCACCAUCGAGACUCUACGAUUCGUGUGCGGCCCCGCGGUCGCUGCCGAGAAUGAAUUCUGCAGCGUGGUUUUGGAGGCCAUCGCUGAAGUCCACGACACCAUCACCACCGAGGACAGCUUCGUCUCCGCCAAAUCAGAGAUUAGCGACGACACCGCUAGCCGACACCGUUCCGUGACUCCAGGCGAGGGCGCAUCCCCGAAGCCCUUCAACAAAGAAGAGGCCAAGGCGAAGAUCCUCAAGGAGAUCGUGGUGAACAUGAAGUGUCUGCACAUUGCCCUGUGCAUGCUGCAAAACGUGCAGGGCAACCUGCAGGAGAACAUGAACUUGGUUACCAUGUUGAACAACCUGGUGGUGCCUGCGGUUCGAAGUCACGAGGCUCCAAUUCGUGAGAGAGGCCUGGAAUGUUUGGGACUCUGCUGUCUGUUGGACAAGACCUUGGCUGAGGAGAACAUGACGCUCUUCAUCCAUUGCUACAGUAAAGGCCACGAGGCUUUGCAAGUCACGGCAAUCCACAUCCUGUGUGAUAUGCUGACCACCCACCCCUCGUUGCUAACGCCCGUCACUCACUCGGACGGAGAGACUAUUACGCCACCCGUCUUCCAGAAGCCAUUGCUCAAGGUAUUCGCCAGAGCCCUCAAAGCCAGCUCCCCGAUGACUGUGCAGUCGGCAGCCGCUACGGCGCUCUCGAAGCUGUUGCUCACAAACGUGUUUGCGCCGUCCGGGUCGAAUAUCCCGCAACCCAUCAUUGAAUACAACCAGAUCACUAUCGAAACUCUCCUAUCGAAUCUGGUGGUUUCUUUCUUCCACCCUCGCACUCGGGAGAACCCGGCUCUUCGGCAGUCCUUGGCUUAUUUCUUCCCCGUCUACUGCCAUUCCCGCCUAGACAACACCCAACACAUGCGGCAUAUCGUCGUUCCGGUUCUUCGCACCAUCCUCAACUCGGCCGAGGAGCAUUACUCGCUCGAGGCGGAGGAGGACAGUGACGGCGACAUCGACGAGACGGCCGGCCAACGAGAACUGAAGGCGUUGAUGAGCGGCCUCUUGGGCAUGGUGGCGGAGUGGACCGACGAGCGGAGAGUUCUUGGCCUGGGUGGUGAGAAGGUGCUUACGGGGGCGUCCGCCAGCCCCAACGUGUGUGGCUUCGUCCACCUGGGACUGGUCAAGGAUAUUCUGGAACGGGUGCUGGGCAUCAGCGAAGGACCGAACCGCUGCUCCAAGGACGAGAAGAAGCUUCUCUUCUCGUUGAUGAGCAAGCUCUAUAUCUCGCCGCCCACGGCUCCCUCGCGCUCGGGCUCCCGCAACCCCGAGGGCGACGACCCCUUCCGCUCCAGCGUUCGCAGCGCCCAACCCGAUAUCUCGGCCGAGAAUGCCCAGCUGGCGCAAGAAGUGAAGGAGCUCCUGGACGAGACGAUCGAAGAGGGACUUGCCGCCGAAGCAUCCGGGCGCAACGCCCUGACCAAGGUGAAGAACGCCGUUUUGAAGAUCUUGGCCGUGGCGCAAGGAGCUCGCCCGCCCAGCGUGCGACCUAAAGACGAGGGCGAGGAGGGCGACAGCGACAUGAUGAGUGUUCGGUCCGGUAGCGUUCGGUCGAACAGCGUCCGUCCGUCGGUCGAGCCGGGUGUACGCCGUCGGGGCGUGUCGAUCGAACCCAGCAUCAUGGAGGAGGACGAGAACGAGGACAGCCGCACCACGAUCGUCAAGUCGGAGGUGAUCGAGGAGGAAGACGAGGAGUAG